CCUCUUUUCACUCACACACCUACUUAUCAUGUUGUUCUUCCUGCGACGUGAUCCAGAAAAACUUCAAAUUGUCGAUUUUUACAAACACUCAAACAUGCAAUGUCGCCAGAUUGCGGAGAAGGAAUUUAGAACACAAAUUGAAAGCAUCAUCGUACAAAAGCAUCUGAAAAACAGACGACGACUCGUUGAAUGGGCCAAAAAGAUUAAGAAUGAUAAUUUCCAGAUUCUCCGCUCGACGUCUGCCGAACACUACUGGACGCAAUUGAAAGAAAAAGAAGUACAGCCACUUGUCGUUCCGGAACAAGUUCGAUUGCCCUUUCGUUCUGAAGUUUCAGACGUCAUCUUAAAGAAGGCUUCCAAAAAACGAACCGCGCAACAGGCGCAGAUCGAAGCCGGCGGCGUGAGAAGAUCGCCUAGACUGCAGAAAAAGAUCGAACUUCUGAAAGUUGAUGAGCAUGACGAGGAGGUUGUGGAGAUCGAAAAGGCUCAAGCCCAAAACUCGAAAAACGCAACGAGGAAUUUCUUUUGGCUGCCUGGCCCAGGCGUAAUUCAAGAAAUAUCGAAUCCUGAUAAGAAGGAUGACGAGUGGUUGAUCGGCGAAGUCAACCUUUCAAAAACUUUGCAUAAACACCACAAUGAUGUAGUGAACAAAUGCCAGGAGGUAGAUCUGUCAGAUCCAGCUGAGAUCUUGGGCCUGAAUUACAUCUUUUUAUUCCCAUUAAACAAGAAGUGCGGCAUUUGGCCCAGCAUUCCCAACGAAUUGCAAAAAGAUGUGAUCGUGCAAAUUAACAUUGACGAAGGUAGAUCCGACUUGCCAUGGGAGGCUAUAGAAGCCGUUAGAGCCAUCAAUAAGGCAACCAGGAGCAGGGAUAAUGUGCAGCGAGGAAUUCUGUCAAUUAUGCAAAGUUUCCUGGACAAGCCGCAGCUGGAACCAUUCGGGAACUGUCUUUUCACGUUAGUGAAUAAUUAUCAGGGCGAUCGUUCGUCGGAGCAAGAGGAGUGGCAAUUUGCGGAGUGCACUUUGAUGCCGUAUCUUCGAGCCAUUUUUCCAGCAAACGAAGACUUUCAAAUAUCGGGCCCAACACGUUCCUCAAAAGCGGCAAAAUUUUUUUAUAGCAUGGCAGACACAACUUUAAUUGCUCCCAAACCAGAUGUAGUCAUUUCCAAGAACGAUAUGGAAUUCCUUGCUGGGGAAUUCAAGUGCCCCAAUAAGAAGUGUGUCGGCGUUUACAAUGAUCUGGUAAAACUUGGCAACGAGUUAAAGUUCAUGCUCGAUGCAAUAAUAUAUGAUGGAGCCGAUGAAGCUGCACUUGUCGUGGGCAUCUUGCUUGAAGGUGUCAAAUGUAGGACAUAUAAGUUGGACCUUGACUAUAAUGGAGUAUAUCGCCUGAUAGAACUGUCUUGUUCGGACCUUAUGACCAGUGACUUUGAUUUCUACCCGGCCAUAUCAAUCUUCGAAAAUAUCGCACAGCUCAAGAACCUCAUCAUCAAGUCUCCGCAAAGAAAACAGCCAUUUUCUUGGCUAAGAAAGUCAUUCCUUCCACCAUGUGACGUACGAAUCUAGUUUAUAUUUUUCGCUUGUAUAUACUUUGAAUAACACUACGAAGGUGACUUUAGGAUGAUUAAACAAUGAUGACCCAUGAAUUUGUUACCUCCUUGAAGCUGAGAGUCGAUAGGUCAGGUAGACUUACAGUAGUAUAACAUCAUAUUAGUUUCUAUGCAUAAGUCGAUAUGGAUAACUCUUAAACAUAUCCAAGUAACUUGGUUUAUAUUGCCUGGUUUAUGCGUCUUUUGACCAUAAUGAUAUGCAAAUUCACUGAUCGAUUGACCUUUCAGAUUGAACAUCAACUUCAACGAUUACAUAUCGCUACAACGGUUCGACGAACUUGUAGUACAAUGCAUGCAUUUGUUGUAGCAAGUGGAGCAAGGUAUAUUUCUAGUAUAUCCACUGAGCUGUCUUCAUAGAUGUC